GCACCAGGCAGCAUGGCGACCGCUAUGGCACUGAGCUGCGGGAUGCGCUACGGGCCCUAUUCCCGGCAGCUGCUGGGGCCGAGCGCCCGCGGGCGGCUCGUGCGGCCGGCGGUCUGGGGAGGGAGCGCGGCGCCGGCCUCCAGCCGGCCCGGCCCUGGGGGAGAGGUGCAGUACUGCGCCGAGCUGCUGCGGAAACGUGACUAUGAAGGGUUUCUGUGUUCUCUAUUGUUGCCUGCAGAAUCCCGCACCUCUGCUUUUGCACUGAGAGCCUUCAAUGUUGAACUGGCCCAGAUUAAAGACUCCAUAACACAGAAGACCAUAGGUUUGAUGCGAAUGGAGUUUUGGAGGAAAGCUGUGGAAGAUAUAUACUGUGAUAACCCACCACAUCAGCCAGUUGCUAUAGAACUGUGGAAGGCUGUCAAGAGACAUAACUUGACUAAAAGGUGGCUUCUGAAGAUUAUUGAUGAAAGAGAGAAAAAUUUGGAUGACAGAGCAUAUCGCAACAUCCAGGAACUUGAAGCAUAUGCUGACAACACUCAUAGCGCUCUCUUGUAUCUCACCUUGGAAAUGCUGGGUGUGCGGGAUAUCCAUGCAGACCAUGCAGCCAGUCACAUUGGGAAAGCACAAGGCAUUGUCACCUGUUUAAGAGCAACUCCUUAUCAUAGUAAAAGACAAAAGGUCUUUCUUCCUAUGGACAUUUGUAUGUUGCAUGGAGUUUCGCAAGAAGAUUUCAUAAGAGCCAAUCAAGAGAAAAAUCUGAGAGAUGUAAUUUACAACAUUGCCAGCCAGGCGCACAUUCAUCUAGAACAUGCUAGGUCCUUCAGUAAAAAUGUUCCUGCCAAAGCAUUUCCUGCCUUUCUCUAUACAGUUACUUUAGAAGAUUAUUUAUAUAAAAUACAGAAAGUAGAUUUCGACAUAUUCCAUCCAAGCUUACAUCAGAAGAGCACGUUACUACCGUUGUAUUUAUAUAUUAGAUCCUGGAAAAAAAUAUAUUAAAAAUAGACUUAACAUGUC